AUGUCAAAGUCUUACACUUUUAAAAUAGAGUCCAGCGAGAUUAAUACAACUGUUGUAACCGAUGAAUCAAAGCUGGAAUGUGUUCUCAAAUUGCUGUUUUCUAAGAUUAAGCCACUUCCAACAACCUUUCAUAGAGUUGUAGGUUUAGGCAUAGAGAAGUCAUUCAGUAGUAAAACUUAUGGUAAUGAACCCACAAUUAUGUUUGAGAAAGUUGCUGUGUUGAAACUAUGUGCAGAAAAUGAUUGCCUUAUUGUCCACCUUCAACAAUUCAAGCAUAUACCCAUAUGCCUUGCUAAGUUUCUUGAUGUUUCAGAUAUAAUGGUUGUUGGUGUCGGCAUCAAACAGAACUUGUGUGAUCUCAGAAGGGAUUAUGGGAUUCAAUGUAGGAAUGCGGUUUUUGAGCUGGGAGAUUUAGCUGUUGGUUUUAAAAAGAAUCCUGUUCUAAGUUCUUUUACUUUACCAAGUUUGUACAAGUUUGUUCAGACCUUCAUCGCCAUCGUGAGCUGA